AGGCGUCGUUCACCGACGCCUGGAACUGCUGGUAAGAAGACCCAGACAUAACCUCCACUCCCCGCUGGGGCCUGCCCGGUACGCGCUGUGGGAUCUUCCAAAACGUGUCAGGUGGCUUUGUUAGAUCAAUAUCAAAAACUGGAAUCUUUCAACGAAAUUCAUUCGAAAAUUUACGAAAGAUGGCUAGCCCGAGCCCAGAAGGCGAUGCUACGUCAAUGUUUAUGGCUCGAAGAGAAAAGCAGGGUAGUCCUUUACUAUCAGAUGAAAAUACGAGGAGAAAAACUAAAGAGCAACCUCCUGUAGAAAUCAUAACAGUGAAAGACUUCUUCGACUUUAUGAAGACAGCGUAUCAAGUUUACGAGCAUUUAGAAGGUGAUGAGGAUGAAGGAGCGAAGAUCAACUGGGAGGAAUUAACGAAAUUAACGGUUAUUAACCACGUUAUCGAACAGCAGGAACGAGACUUGUUGUACCAAACUGCUUUUGCGGAACCCAAGCCCAUCACUAGCAAGAGCGACUCAACCUUGGAAAAGAAGAAAAGUGAAAAUAAAAGUAUCGAGAAACGUAUGAGUUGCAGUGAAAUUGAGCAAGGUGGUUCGAGGAGAAAGUCGUUAAUUUCUGAAGCCAAGGUAGAAAUGCUUGGAGUUUGGACUGAGGCAAAUCUCAACUGUAAAUUAAACGAUGUUAUAAAUGAAGGCAUUUUGGAUUCAAUUUUGCCUUACUUAGUUGGGUAUAAGAAACCUACGAAAACUACUAGUGUGUACACGCCGAUAAUAAAAAAGCCCCUGUCAAGUACUAGCACUGAAGUGAAAAAGCCGGCGAGUUUUGGAAAUUUUGUAUGUGAAAAGGAAUCAAGAGACAGAUUAGGAAGACGCAAAUCAUCUAUAAUAGCAUUACAAGAAAAGUUAAACCAGAAGCAAGAGGGAGACGUAGAAAUUCACGUAUGCGACGAAGUGAAAGGCCUGAAGAAAGACUUCAGGUGUCCGCAGAAACUGCUGGUGUCUAAAAUGGGGUAUUUUGCUGACGUUACCGCAGGACAGAGAUUGGAGGACAUGGAUAUAUCGGUGCACUGUGAUAUACAGAUUUUCGAUUGGUUAAUGCGCUGGGUGAAGCGGGAUUCCAUCUUGGUGGCGGACUGGCCGCUCCUGGACUCUCACAAUGUGGUGCCUAUACUGGUCUCCGCGUCUUUUCUGCAGAUGGAGCCACUGCUGCACGACUGCCUCAUCUACUGCCACGCACACAUGAGUGAAAUUGUAAAAACGUCCACCAACUUAGCCUGCCUCAGCGAUGCUCUGCUUACCAGAUUAGCCGCAAUGUACACGAACGCUGAACUAGAAGCCAUUCGGGACCGCAAGGACAAGAUCCAGUCCCGCCUUUACUGCAAGAUGAUCCUGUCUCUCGCUGAGCCUGUGCCUGAGACAUUGCGAGGACAUUACGCUACUCUAGCGACGCUCUUUAAGUGUAACAAAUGCAGCAAGUUGCUGGGACGCCACAUCGCCGAGCAAGUGCCGUGCCAGCCGGCCAACAUGCGCAUAGACCGACGGGGCAACGUCAUCUCUUCACACACCAAAGACCCAUCAUGGAGCCUAAACGAAUACAUCACAUGGCUGUACGGAGAGCUGCGUUCCUGGCGCCGUGUUUAUUGGAGGUUAUGGGCAGACUGCCACUUCCUGCGCUGUCAGCUGUGUGACAGCUACUUCCCCAACUACCAGAUGGAAUGGUGUUCCCACCACGAGCAAGGUCCGCAUAUGUUCUCGGUGGACAACCGCCCAGCGUUGCCUGCCGGCCGCUACCCAUGUUGUGGCGAACGUGCUUACCGCUUCGAAAGUCUCACACGCAACACGGGUUGUCAAUUCCGCGAGCAUGUCCCAGACGAGCGUCUCCCCACGGACGCGGCCGUGAUGGAGAUCUACAGCCAGUUUCGCGAGAUGAUCGCAAUGAGGCCACCUCAACUAAUGUUCCCGGAGCGUCUCACCCGGCUCGUACCCAGGGAGACAACCGAGGACAGCUCCGGUCGCCUGCAAUGCAAGGAGGUGUUCUGGUGGGAGGGCAUCCAGUUGGCGCCACCGCGGCCGCCAUUAGGCCUCCUCGGGAAACUCUACACUAGCGACACCAAGUUUAACCCGUCAGCCCGGCCGGGCUCGCCGGCGCUGGCGGCGCGCGCGUCGUCGUCGUCGGUCGCUGCACCCGCUGCUGUCACGGACAAGAAGAGGCCGAAGGAUGAGACGCCGAGGAAGAAAGGCACCCCCGGCAGCGGCGACUCCCCCGGCUGCGAAGAGAGCUCCUCCUCUUCAGACGAGAGUGAACAAAGCUCCGGGCGGAGUGAUGAAGACGCUCCCAGGAGUCCACGGAGGCAGCACCAGCCCCCGCCAAGAGUCAGUCGCCGCACCCGGGUGAUAGGACGACAGUGGGUGACAUCACUCUCAGCGCGAAGCAACCAAGACGGGCAGCGGCGGUUUGAAGAACGCGCUGGAAGACAAAUGCGCACUGCACUAGCUCGGCGGGGCAAUACCACGCCGGGGAAACCUAAAGCGCCGCCAGGCGGUGUGUACGCGCGCCUGGAGGCGGAGUGGCGCGAGCGGCACGGCGCGCGCGCGCGGCCCGCCACGUCGGCGCGGGCGCGAGCGCCGCCGCGGUACAAGUGAACAAUACACUGCUCACACUACAUGCACGCCUU